GGAGGUGACUGAUUGGAGGUUGCGCCACGCGCGCAAUCUUGCCAGGAGUAGCGGUUGGUCCGGCGGCUGGCCGGCCAUCGCGGAGGGAAGGCGGUUACUCGCCGGCCGCGUCUCGCGGGCGCCUCCUCCUCCUGCUUCUCCCCCCCCCCCCCUCCACUUUCUUCGUUGUCGGUGGGAGCUACUGAGUUGGGGGGGGGGCAAUGAGGAGGCGGCGGCUUCGAAAGGGGGCGGUGAUGGCCAUAGCUGCCGCCACGGCUGCCCGGCGCCUACCUCCGCCUCCUUUCCCCUCCUCAGCCCCAGACCGCGGGGCUCUGUGCGCCGGCCAACCUUAGGAGGCCCGCGGCGUCCAUCCACCACCAGCAGCGGUGGGAGGCGGAGAGCGAGCUAGCGCCCCCGCCGCCGCCACCUUGUUUGUCCAGCUGCCGUCCUCGAUGUCUCCCCCGCCGGGGGGAGCUCACCCCACCCGCGCCCCUUCGGCCCUUAGAGGCCUCGUGGGAGCCCGGCCUCAGCCUCCCGUUUCCCGAGGCUGCUGCCCAAACCAGACACGACUCUCGAGGCGGCGGCCCAGCAACGACAGAACCGGCCUGGUCGUCUCCCCCGCGGUGACCAUGAAGGCGGAGGCGGGAGACCACAUGAUAAACCUGUCGGUCCAGCAGGUGCUGAGCUUAUGGGCUCACGGCACAUCGCUUCGGCAUCUCACGGAAAUGUGGUACUGGGUUUUCCUAUGGGCUCUCUUCUCUUCUCUCUUUGUCCACGGUGCUGCAGGAGUGUUAAUGUUUGUCAUGCUGCAAAGGCAUAGGCAAGGGAGAGUAAUCUCUGUCAUUGUGGUCAGCAUUGGAUUUCUGGGUUCUGUAACUGGAGCUAUGAUAACCAGUGCAGCAGUAGCUGGAAUUUACAGAGUGGCUGGGAAAAGCAUGGCUCCCAUGGAAGCACUGGUGUUUGGAGUUGGGCAGACUGUACUGACAAUAAUUAUUUCAUUUUCAAGGAUUCUUGCAACACUUUGAAUCUUCUUGCUACACUUUGAAUUUUUUUACAAAAGUGCUGUGUAUAAAAGGAAGCAGUCUGCAGUGAAGCUUUCCAGAAAUGGCUUCAGUAGCUGAUGGAUUGGAAUUACCAGGGAAAUGCAUGGUAUGUGGACUGCAAACUAGAGGUUCUAUCCAUUUGGAAAAUGCUUUCCUCUAGAGUCCAAAAAUGACACCCUACUGCACUGUACCUAAUGUGCCUCUGUCAUAGGCAAGGUGUGACCCAUUAAGGAGAAGCUUGAGAUAAACCACCUUGUGAAGCUGCUAAUCAGUCAAACAGUUGGUGUUGUGAUCAUUGUUUGUGAUGGUACUGAAGAAAAUACAGGGGCAUUUCUGAAGAAUGAAUAAAUGUGCCAAAUGUGAAAUUGAUUAAAAAAAGAUUUAUAAUGUGACCAUUUAGAUGUGUAGUAAUUGAAUGCUGCAGACAUAGUUUUAAAAAUUCAGGUACAGCAGCUAGAUAUUUGCUUAUUAUUAAUUGAAUCCCAUUCAGUACAGAAUAUUAGCAUGGCCAUGGGAACAAAACAGUUGUGAACUAAUGUUAUAUGUGACCAGAUUCAGUAGCUGAAGCAAAGCUCUAAUAAGGAUAUGAAUGCUAUUGAUUCAAAAUGAGAGCAUUUUAUGAAGGGGUUUAUUAAGAUGCAUUGUAUUCACUAAAGCCAGUUUCAGUUAUUUACUUUUAUACAUUUCAGACCUUAUAAUUUAUGGUAUAUGCUGUAGUCAUACUACAGAUUUUGAAAAGUUGUAUGGGUCAAAUAAUACAAAUGAAAUGUCUUUAAUGAAAUGAUCCAUUACAAAGCCAAUUUUAAUGUUCUCUAAAAUUAAGGAUUCACUAAUACCACUAAGACCAGUGGAAACCAUAGGUUUUGAAAAACCCAUGUUUACCAGAUUAUACUGUGACAGAUACAAAGAAAAGAAAGAAGGAAAAACUUUUUUGUAUGUGAUUCAGAACAAAAUUAUUCUGGUAAACAGUUAUAAUUUUAAAAACAGGAUAGUUUAAUUACCUUUUCAAUUUCCUAAUUUCAAAAGGUAUCUGGACUUUUUUGGUGUUUUCAAGGAAAAAAAACCCCAAGAAAGUCCAGUUGCCUUUUGAAAAGCACCUUCAGGACAACCAUGAUCUGGAUAAUUGAGAAUCUCCAUAGAAUUUUUCCAAUUUUUAGAUAGCUUGGGAGCAAUUAUAUGUGACUUUUAUCAGCUUAGCUUUGAAUAGAUACAUUCUGUUUGUGUGCUUCAACAAAAGCAAUAGUGGUGUGACUGCAGCUGUCUUUAUUAUAAAACGUUAUGAAAUGAAUACCAAGAACAGAAAGUACCUUAAUGGGCCAAUGUGAGUAUUGGGAAGAAAUGACUAAAUUAUAUUUUAUCCUGACUCAUAGGUCUCCUAUGCAGUCAAGCCUGCACUGCAUGUGCUGGUGUUUGAAAAAACUUUUGGAAGAAAGUACAAGUAACAAUGACUGAAAAAUACACUGUUUUACCAUAGAAGCUUAGGUACUUUCAUUGCCCAACUGGUUCAUCAUUCAUUCACAUUGCUUCCUUAAAAAGUGGGAUUUCUAGCAUAUUAACAGUGGAAGUCUGUGUAUGUGUGUGUUUUCCUCCAUUAGGAAGUACUGUGUGAAUUUAAUCUUAAAACUAAGAUUAAAAUAGGUGUUGUGCCUAUAUAUAAAUCUUUUAAAAAAAGAUAAAAAGACAGCCACAUUGUCAUGAUAAUAGAAUCAUACCCAUAGCAAUAAUAAUUAGACAGUACAAUUCUUUGCUCCAGAGCUUUUCUAAAUGUUGUGGAAAAAAACUCAAUUUAUAUUCAUAUGUAUUAAUAUAUUAAUUAUCAAGGUUUAUCUUGGUGUAAAAGAGUUUAAAAGAGAUUUAUUGUUUAUCUUUUUGUCAUUCUUAUAAUCCCAAUGGGAGGCAGUUCCAGCAAGAAUGAAUCAAUCUAUAUGGAACUACUUCGUCAUUUGACAGCAGAGCUCUCUACAGUAGCCACAAAUAUAAAUUUUGUGCUCAUCCUGCGCUCUGAAUCAAGGUCAUAAGGCAGUGGAAAUAGCAUUAAUAGUGGGAAUUUAAUAUAUUUUGUUGCAGCUAAUUUAAAGUUAAAUACCAAGGUACACUUAUUUAUAUAUUUAUUUAUUUAUGUAUGUAUAUAUGUAUUUAUUUACUAAAUAGACAGUAGUAUAAAAUGAUUUCAGGGGCGGUAGUGCCUUGAGUAUAUAUUAGAACUAAUUUUUUAGUUUCUCCAUUUUUCUGCUGUUCUGUGUCUAUUGAUGGAUUACUGCUUGGCAAUGUUGUAAUGGAUGUGGCAGGGAAGUUCCUAUUAAAAAGACAAUAACAAACACAAUUGAAGAAUAUUACCCCAAUUCAAGCCAUGAGGAUUUUUUAAAGAAAAUUAGUUUAGUUUGAGGAAUAUUUCAAUAUUUUAUCAUAACAAUCCUGCAUUUUAAUUUCCAUAUUUUAUUGAGCACCAAAACAUGGUAUAUGUAAUGCUGUUGUGUUUAUAUAUAAACUGGUUUAAUAUUUAGUGUUACUGUACAAAACUAAUGGUUUUACAAAACAAACAUUCUCAGGCCCCAGAACUAAAGACAGUUAUAUAGAUUGUAUUUGUAAAUGGCUAGUUAUAAAGAUUUUAGGGCUAUAUGAAAAAACAUUGUUAUGCUGGAAACUCAGAUACUUCUUAUGUUUGUGAUUGCCUCAUCAGAUGAAACUACCAACAGUUUUCACAACAAAUUCUAUUGGCAUUAAAACUAGGCUGGGAAUAAUUUAUAUGAUGGUAGAAAUGCACUUUUUGUUAAAAUACUGCAAUAUAUUUAUUGUCCUCAGAAUAUGUUACAUAUUAUUGUAACAUUGCCAUCUAAAAAUGGAUCUACUGAGAAAAACAAGCAAAAUUACUUAACAACAGGAGGCAAUCAUAGAUAACCCCUAGUAAGAUUAAACUGAUGAAGUGUUUUGUAGAUAAAUCACUGUAUAUGAUUAUUAUGAUUAUUAUUAUUUUGUAUAAAAGGAUGGUGGAUAGAAAUUCUUACUGUUCUUGUUUAGUAAUGGAUAUUUAAAUACACAUUUGAACAGACAAUAGAUACCAUUUAGUGAAGACAUCUCUGGCCUCCCAUGCCUUUGAACAGAAUACAUCAAACUUGUAUUUUAAAGUGACUGCAGUGAUAGUUAUUUAUUGCUUUUAAAAAUGGAUUUAUAUAUUAAAAACAGGAAUGAAGUAACCAAGGAAGUGUGUUUUAUAGCAAUAUUCUUUUAUAUUCAGUCUUGAAAAUAAUAUAUAAGGAAAAUGCUUAUAUACUAGGACAAAUUUUCAUCUUCUAAAAAGGUUGAGUGUGUAUGAAUUCUGUGUAAGUUUAUGUGCUGUAGUUCAGGGUGAAAUGUCUUGUAUGAAUGGUGUUACCAUAAUAUUUCCAGCUGCUAAAAUAAGUCAAAGAACUAUCUACGAUAUGUCUUUGGACAAUUGUUUCAACUUGGACCAAGCAUUCUUAAGAAAAAAUGCAGUGUAACUUUUCAGCAGUACCAGUAUUUGAACAUGAACAGAGUUAUUAACAACAAUUGGAGAACAAUUGAAAAAUUCAUACUAUUCAAAUAAAACUCUUCCAGGCCUUCCUUUUUUAAAGUAAAUAACAUAGCUUAAGUUUAAAGAAAUAGUAUCUAAUGGCAUUCUAGAUAUUCUCUUUAAUAUUACUUAAAUUAACAGGUUAAGUUGGUUUGUUUUAUAAACAUAUGGACCAAAGAGGUGAUUCAGUCUUUGUUGUAUUUAUUUGUAAUAUAGCAUUUUAAAUAUAUUUUUCUUGAGUAAUUUGAGGAAAGCAGCAGUGUUUCCUCUUUAGUUUGCACUUUGCUAUAUUUUGUUUCAGUAUGAUUAACUUAUUUCUACUUGAAGCUUGCAUAUUUUUGUUGUACUAUAGUAAAACCAAGCAAUCAGCUUUUGGUAUAAUUAAACGGAUUUUUAAAAUUAGUUACGGUUGAAUUUUGUUAUCUAUUUAGGUGACUCCAUGUCUCUUUUCCCUCCCCACAAAAGGUUUAAGAUUAACAUUUUAAGACACUAAUUUUGUACGUUAUCAGAAUCUUGCAUCAUUGCAUAAAAUAUUCAGUGGGACCAAGCUUGUUUACUUCAGUAAAGGUUUUUUUUAUCUCCAUUUUCUGGUAAAAUAAUGUGCCUCUAAGCCUCUAAGCUUUUACUUUCAACUUGUAUUGCAAGGGUGAAGAUUAUGUGUUUUCAUGAAUCCAUAACUGGAUUUAAUUUAUGAUUUUGUUAGAGACAUGUCCAGUGGGAGAGGAGUUUUUGAAGAGCAAAACAAUUGUAUUAAAGUUCACAAAAGCUUAAUACAAAUUUCAUUUCUACUUUUGGGAAAAGAAGGAAAGUUAGCAAUUGCUCCUGAGUUUUAACAAUAUAAUCUGUGGCUGCUUUGGAGUAAGAAAACAGUAUUGGAGAUGACAAUUCAGCUAUAGAACUAUGAACUUCAGAUGCAAAUACAGUCACAAAUAAAAGUUGCUCAGUAUUUUUUUAAAAAUGUGUUUUUGUAGGGUCUCUGGUGAAAAUGUUUUUCUUUUUCAUUAAGAAUUAACUGAAAAGAAUGGGAUUAAAGUAUGGGAAGGAGCUGUUUCUCCUUUUAUUAUAAAACUUGGAGAUUAAAAUAUAGGCAAAUUGUAGAAACCACUGAAGAUCCACCAAAUUGCGGGAUUUCCCCCUCUGAUACAAUUCAGAUUAGUACCUCAUAGAAUUACAGUAAAUGAGAGCAGGGCCUCAGUGUUUACACAAAUGCCUGGCUACAUGUGUGAUACUUUGCUUUUGAUUAAUGUCAUUUAAAGUUUAAGAUCUUCAGUUAAAAAAUUGAAAGUCAAAAUCAGAAAAUUAUCCAUGAGAAGGCUACAACAUUAGAUUUUGCCUAUAUGUUUCUGGACUUUUUUUAACAAAUCUGUUUUGAAGAUGUUUUAGAUUACAUGGUUAGUCAUUACAGAACUAUUAAUUUAUUUCUCAGAAACAUUCCUUUCUUUGUAUAAGUGUAGGUACAUUUUCCAUUUUGUUUAUGAGCAUUUGCACAUUCAUACAAUGUGCUCCUGGAAAAGAUAGGAAAACCUAGUAACUUGUUUUUGAGAGACACAGAUUAUUUUAAUGGCUUCAGAAGUUGUUUCAUAAUAACCUUAGAUAGCUGUUUGCGCACUAUAAUUUCUGCCACCUCUAUGUUUACAUAAUUGCUUGUACGGUUUCUUAAAGCACAAAUAAUGGAAGAUUCUCUAGCCAAUUGCAAGUUCUUUAUAGUGUAUGGUAGCGUGAAGACAAUCCGUGAUCUGAAUUGUAACCUGGAAGAUUCCCAUUAGUAUUGCAUGGGAAUGAUAGCCCUCAAGCUCUAUUAUGUAGGGUACUCUCUCCACUCCUGUUUAACUACAUAAAGUGGUUGGGUGAGAUAAUCUGUUGCCAUAAUGCAUACCUAGUUGUAUAUCUCCACCCCGAUGAACUAAGCAUUGCUGUUGAUGUCCUGUCUCAAUGCUUGGAGAUUGUGGGUCUGGAUGGGGAACAAUAGACAUUAACUGAACCCUGGCAAUACUGACUGGCUUUGGGUCUUGGAGUUUUCCAAAUUUGGAGAUUUACCAUCUUUGGAGCACUACCUCAAACAGACCCCCAUACACAAUGUCAGGGUCCUCCUGGAUUCACAAUUCCUGCUCAAAGAGCAUGUGGCAGUCAUGGCUAAGAGACCCUUUGUGCAACUUCGUAUUGUGUGCUAGUUGCAGGAUCGGGAGGCUCCACUCUCUGUUACUCAUGGCAUGGUUACCUCCAGGAAGAGUAUCCGAAAGCUUCAGCUUGUACAAAAUGCAGUUGUGUGGACAGUUAUGUCUGCUCCUAGAAUGGUACACAUUACAUUUCUUCUCUCCAUUAGCUGCCAGUCUGUUUCCGGGUUCAACUCAAGAUUAAAGCCCUAUAUGGCAUGUGGCUGGGUUCUGUUUACCUGUCCCAUCAAGGGCAGCAGGACCUAGGGAUCAAACUUCUCUGCUGUGGGACCAAGCCUUUGGAACAUCAUUUCCUCUGAAGCUUCGGUUCUAUUGACCUUCCAGAAAUCCCUUGAAACCUGUUUUUGUCGGCAGACUUGGGGGAUCCCAGGGAAAUAAGAGUCAUGCAAAAUGGCUACAUUGUAAGUUCUUGAAUAUGGUCUCCCAUAGUUUAUAUUUAAUGGUUUUUAUUGUGUAUGUUGCCCAGAGUUGUGUGUGAAAUGGAAAGCUAUAUAAAUUUUAUUAAGAAACAAAUCAUUCAUUCAUUCAUUCAACUUGGGUGCUGUCCAAAGCCAAUUGACUCCAGGUUAUUCAUAACAUAAAAACAAAGCAACAACAUACAGAAUACAGUACAAUACACAUUACAGAUAGUUUUUGAGUUACAACAGUGAUGGAGUCCUACAGCACAACACAGUGUCAUUUCAUCAUUUAACAACAGCAAUCCUGGGAGUCCUCAUUGCCUUCAUUAACCAAAUUCCACUGGUCGUUUUCACUACACGUAUAGAUGCUGCCGUUAAAUUCCAAUAAAUUUGACAUUCAUUUUUUAGACAUGUGGACGCAAAGUAUCAAACAGUCUCCAAAUGCAAUGAGGAAGACUGAUACCAACCAGGUGAAAGUAGUCUGGCUUAUUUCUAGGAUGCCUUGGCAAGAUUGUGUUCUUCCUUAUGGUAUUUCUUGGAGAUCAUGGAAACAGUGGGGAGCUUUAGAACAGGGAAAGGAGAGAGAUGAUAAACAAGAGGUAGGAUAGCUUUGAGGCCACCUAACAAUCAUAAAAAAAAUUGCCACAAAAUCUCAUUAGCCUUGACUUUUCCUCAGUCUAUGAACUUAGGUGAUGAGAAAAUCACAAUUUAAAAAAAUAUCUCCACCCAACUGAUUAGGUAUUGAGUGAAAUGGGAAAGUCUGUAGAUGUUCCAAAUUCUCAUGGAUUUGAAUUUAUGAAGCUUUUAAUGGCAUGAAACUUCCUCCAGGAGUUUGAAGUGUAUCUUUGAUCAUCAAUAGCUCCUUGUUAAAAAUAUAAUUGCGUCUACAAGAGUUGUGGAAGAAAAGCACAAAGAAAUAAAUUAUGGCAUUCAUCUUUAUUUGUAAUGAAACAGUUCACGGCACAAAAUCAGGAGAUAAUGCUAUGAAACGGAAGUGUUUAAGGGAAAAGUUUCUUGGGUACUGAAAAGCCUCAUGAAAACGUGGUGAGCAUCAUGAGAGCCUCUGGGGAGAUGUAAAAACUGGAAUGAAAUUAAAAAUGAUUCAUAUAAUUGAAUAGAGUGUGUCAUGGUAAAACAGGACAGUAUCAGGACAGUAUGAGCAUAGUUCAGGGCAUUGACGGAUCUAGCCUCAGAGUGAUCUAUUUAAUAGUGAUUAUAACUUACGAUGGAGAACCAGUUUGGUGUAGUGGUGAAGGUGUCAGGCUAAAAACUGGGAGACUGUGAGUUCUGGUCCUGCCUUGAGCACAAAGCCAUCCAGAUGGCCUUGGGCUAGACACUGAGCGCUAGAAAAGAGGCAAUGGCAAACCACCUCUGGAAAGCUGCAAGGACAUGUCCAGGCAAUCUCCAAGAAUCAGACACAAUUGAACAGAAGGGGGAAAAAUAGUUUUAAGUUACAUUUCCUUUCUUUACAAAAGUUUAGAACCCAUUCAUUAUUACACAGAUUAGAUCAGAUCCAUACGUGUUUAAGGGAAUUUCCCUCCCUCAAGUAUCAGCACAAAGAGAGUGGUUCCAUGCAGAGACCUGGACAAUCCUCUCAAACAUGGAAAGGUAGGGUUAGGGAUAGUAGAGAGUGGGGGAAUAGUUGCAGUGGCAGCAAGUAUUGAAUUCUAGCUCUCCAAAAGUCCUAAAAGUCCUAUUAAGGGAGGCUGGCUAGAACCAUGCCCACUAUCUCCUAAUCAAUGUCUCUGAAAUUAUUUGUAAAUUGUCAUGUGACCUAAAUUUGUGUAUUAUGUAAAAAUGUUCUUUUCUUUAACUGUCAGUGGUCCAAUGAGAUUGUAGCACAAUCAUAUUGUGUUCAAAGAACAAAUCUCUGCAAAGGACCUGAUAAUCCAAUUCCAAACCCCACUGUCUGUUAGAUGUAUUCUUGUUUUAAAUGUUUUUCAUCAGUGAGGAAUAUCUUUGAUACCAAGAUAGAUUGCGAGUUCAAUUUUAAUACAUCAGAUAAUAAACAUUAUGACUGCAGGAUAUCUAUUUAGGAACAGUUCACCAUUUUUUAUACACAAAGACCAAGUAUAAAGUGAAGUCCUUUCCAUUUUGUGUGUGUUUAUGUGUUAAGUUACACUGUAUCUUAUGCACUGAUGCAACAUGCAUUUUCCUUCAGGAAAGUGAUUUUUUGUUUUUUAAAGUGAAGAAGUGUACAAAAAGCUUUAAAUGGAGAUUGGCUGUUACUAAUACUUUAAUGUAAGGUGUUUCUAUUAUCUGUUCCAGCUAAAAGAAUUAAUGAAGUUAAGUUAAUCUCUUUUGCUUCUUCUGUUAGUGCUAUAAAGUGGAUAGUAAAAGGAAAUGUGUACUAUUUAGGAAACAUUUUAGUUUGUUUUUUAAACCCAGUUUUGUUGGGGUUUUUUCACCUUUGCUCAAAAGGUAUUGGAUCCAUUUCAGUGGAAAGAGUAGUAUUAAAAGUUUAAAUAUUGUAGUUGCCGAUGCAAACAUGCAACUAUGAACAAGAUAAUUUUUCUAAAUAAACUGACUUGAUCAUUCAAGAGUUCUGUAGUCAGUGGGAACCGGACUGGUGGGGUGUGCAUCUGAGUCUGAUCUCUCUGGGUGUUCUGUUCUCUCUGGGCGGUCAGUUGGUGGAGCCCAUUUGGUCAAUUGAAGGUGCUUCUUGAUGGCUUCCAGCGAACAAUCCGGAAAGUAGGGUGUGAGGAGGGUGAAUAGCACCUUCUUCAUCAUUCCCUUCUCCCAGUGUCUACCCACCAGCCACCUCAGUGCCUCAUCGUCCUUCUGGGUCCAUGCCAGGCGCUUUGUGGGAAGGGCUGUUACGCACUCGGCAUUCAUCUCUGCCGGGUGGCGAUGUGGUUGGUGUUUGUCGAGGAGUUCCCAUCUUUGUCACUGGAGUCUAUAUGUCCAGGGGGAUCAGGACUGAAUACUAUAGUCAUUUUAGUAGUCAUAUUGAGCAAAGUUAAUGUGCUUUUUAAGCUCUAUGUUACUUAAUGCAUUAUACUGCAUGUUUUAUUAAUUAAUUUAGAUUGGAAGAAAAAGAUAAGACAUUUGUAUAUAAUAUGUAAAUAAUGUGUACCAUUUUCAUUUUAUAUAAACUGCUUUUCAAUUUCUCAAAUUAUGUACAAAACCCACUGUAAAUUGCUUGUACAAUAAAUGUUUUCAUUGAAAUAAUUGAUUUUUCAAAUCAGGGGAGCAGCUUUUAUAUAUUUUCCUUAGUGCUGCACUUCAACUGCAGUCCUAUAUAUAAUUCACUGGACACCUAAUUCAUUUCAUUGGAAUAUUAAUUUGCAUUGUUAGUGCAUUUGUCCUGAAAGUGUCUGCGUAAAAGUUGAUUCAGAAGCUCAGCAUCCUUGCAAAGUUAACUUUAUUGGCAAUAUAAAUCUGACUCCUCCUCCUCUUCAUCCUUACCCUGAGGAGUAUGUAACAGCCUAUUAUUUAUUGCAAGGACCAUUUUAGUAGCCUCCAAGGCUUUCGAGAACAACUAAGUCUUAGUAACUGUCCUAAAUGCCAGCAAGUAGUGCAGAUCUGGUCUUGAGUAGGGCACUUAAGAGGGCCUUAGGACAUCAUCUCUCCCCACCAACACCAGUAACUGGAAGAAGGAGAACCACUGCAACCCAGAAACCUCUCAACCCAAUGGCUAGAAAGAAAUAUACCAUCAAUCAAAGACCAGAAAGGCUGUGUUCCGCCUAUCAUAGUCACAGGAUUAAUCUAAAUAUUAAAGUAGGAUUCACAUUCUAAUACAGAAGAUUCUUAAAA